UAAUUUCGUCACUACCUGGAAUAGUCGGGAGAUCUGAGGUCUAUUUUACCGUUAGUGUUUAGCAGACCUCAGAACAACUGAGGUCUAUUUUAACAUUAGCCUCUAAGGGAUGGGCGGAGCCAAAGGAAGAUUGACAGCUCCAGAUUCCAAAAGCCAACUUCCCAGGGUGAUCCCUGGCUUCUGGAGGAGGGGGCAGGAGUGCAGCGGGCUGGUGGCACAGAGCUGAGACACGAUGGAAUCCGGCUUUACCUCUAAGGACACUUAUCUAAAUCAUUUUAAUCCCCGGGAUUACUUGGAAAAAUAUUACAGCUUUGGGUCCAGACACUGUGCAGAAAACGUGAUCCUCAGACAUCUGCUGGAAAAUCUUUUUAAGAUAUUCUGCCUGGGUGGUGUGAAAGGAGACCUCCUGAUUGACAUUGGCUCUGGCCCCACCAUUUAUCAGCUUCUCUCUGCCUGUGAGUCCUUCAAGGAGAUCAUUGUCAGUGAUUACACAGACCAGAACCUUUGGGAGCUGCAGAAGUGGCUGAAGAAGGAGCCAGGGGCCUUUGACUGGUCUCCAGUGGUCACCUAUGUGUGUGAUCUCGAAGGGAACAGAACCAAGGGGCCUGAGAAGGAGGAGAAGUUAAGGCAGGCAAUCAAGCAGGUGCUGAAGUGUGAUGUGACUCAGAGCCAGCCUCUGGGGGAAGUCUCUCUGCCUCCUGCUGACUGCCUGCUCAGCACGCUCUGCUUGGAUGCUGCCUGCCCUGACCUCCCCACCUACCGCACUGCCCUCAGGAACCUGGGCAGCCUGCUCAAGCCAGGGGGCUGCCUGGUGUUGGUGGAUGCCCUUAAGAGUAGCUACUACAUGAUUGGAGAGCAGAGGUUUUCCAGCCUUCCCCUGGGAUGGGAGGCCGUUCGAGAUGCCGUGGAAGAGGCUGGCUAUACCAUUGAGCAGUUUGAGGUGAUCUCUCAGAAUUACUCUUCUGCCACAGCCAACAAUGAAGGACUGUUCUCCCUCGUGGGGCGCAAGCCAGGCAGAGCUGAAUGACAUCUUGUGAUCCCAAUUAAAGUUGCCAAAGCAGCUGGGAAGAGGUGCUCCCAUGCCCAAGUAGGAAAGGAGUCCUUCUCUGGGCUCUCCACUGCUGUGGCUGUCAAGAGCAUCCACAAGAAAAUACUUCGCCACCACACCCCGCCAGUUCCUCCUGAUUCAAGAGCUAUCCAGCAAGCGUGUCUUUAGCACCCUCCAUGCGUCUUCCCUGUGCCAGAUCCUGGGGAUGGAAAUGAAGCUCCAAUGACAGCUGCCUCAAGGACCCUCAUCUUUGCAGACACAGUGACGUGACAAGAGCUCCCAGAUGCUGCCAGGGACGGUGCUCUCUCAGUCCCCACCCAGGGUCCUCCCAUUCAGCACCAUCUGCUCCGGCAGCCCUUCCUGACAGAGCCUGGGAAGGGCCGUGUGAAGGAAGCUACUCCCCUGCCUGUGUAUCAGAGCCAUGCUGGCUUCCUGCCCAAGAGGCAGAGAACACAUUCUGUCUCUACUAGGGUUGGCCAAGAGCCAGAUGGCAAAUACUUUUUGGCUUUGUGGGUCGUACAGUCUUUCUUUAUGGAUGGAUGGAUUGAUUGAUUGAGGAGUGGGUGUGUGUUAGACAGUGUCUCACUGUGUAGUCCUGGCUGUCCUGAGACUCACUAUGUAGACGAGGCUGGCCUUGAACUCACAGAGAUCCACCUGCCUUUGCAUCCCAAGUGCUGAGACUUAAGGCACGUUCUGACAUGCCUGGCCUUGGUCGUAUACAUUUGAUCACAGAUAAUUCCACCCUGCAGUUGGAGCAGAGUGAGCCACGGAUGGCGUGUAAGUGAAAACGCAACUUUUCUUACUAAAACAGGUGAUAGGUAGGUUUGGACCAAAGGCUGCAGUUUAUAGACCUUUGAUUGGGAUCUGAAGCAGCCCUAUUUGUGACUCAAGUUUAAUGAAGUUUCUUGUGUACACUUUGGUUAUCUUGCGAUACGCAGUCUACUUGUAAGGGAGCUCAGCCCCUAUACAAAGGUAAGGACAGGGGACAGAUGGGAUAUUGUUUCUUCUCAUUCUGCCCUUACUCUCUCUCUUUAUUGCUGUUCCCCUCAAUCAAAACCUCCCAGUUUGAAGCCAUUCCACAAAUGCAAACAGCAAAUGAGGAAACAAGCAGGGCCAGGGGAAUACCAGGCGAAAUGUCCAAUACACCAAUAUUUUCACACUGAAAGUCACGAUACUCAUUGGAGUAUCAUAAAAUCAAUCGAGGGCACCACAAUGUACAUUAUAAAACUGACAGAGAACGAAUUGGACAAAAACAAAUCCCCAAUAAUAGAGAAGCAUGCAACAACAUUUUAUGAAGUUUUGUUUUGCAAAUCUACAUAUCUAUCUGCUCCCACGCUGGCCUGCACUUAGGCACAGUUAAGUUAGUGCUGUAGGCACCUUCUACUCAGAGCUGGCUUCGUGGCUGUGUAUCCAUCUGAAAGGUAUCUAUUACAUGCCCGUGACCGCUGCUUUAGUUUCUUUUCUGUUGCUGUGAUAAACUACUCCGACAAAAAGCAAGUUGUGGGAGAAAGGAGUUUGUUUCAACUUACAAUUCCAGGUUACAGCACACCAUUGUGGGGACGUCAAGGCAGGAACUUCAAGCUGCUGAUCCUAUCACGUCCACAGCCAAGAUCAGAAAGACAGGGAUGCGUUCAUAAUCGAUUGUUUGCUUCUCCUCGGCUCAGUUUCGCCAACUCUUACAUAGUUAGGACUCCUUGCCUAGGGAGUGGUGCUUCCCACAGUGGGCUGGGUCUUCCCACAUCACUUGACAUAAGACCAGAUCUCCACAGACAUCCCCACAGGCCAAGCCAAUGUAGACGACCCUUCCCUGAGACUCUCAUUCUAGGUGAUUCUCGGCUGAGUCAAGUUGACGAUUAAAGCCAGUCAUCACAACUUGAUGAUGUAUUUGAUACCGGAUUAUGAGAUAGCUUGUAUUUAUUACUGGUGGUGAUCCAAAAAGUUGGAAAACAACUUGCCUGUCCUCUGGGGUUCUGGGACUGGACUAUGAGUACCCACAUAGUUUUCUUUCUGGCAGAGGUAAGAUAUGUAGCUUCUUUUCCCUAAAGGAUGGUUAGUCACUUGAUGGAAGGAAGGGCUCAGAUGGGGUAUCAGUAGCACUGGGUGCUUGAAGGGAGGGUGCUAAAACCCACAGUACCUGUUCUGGGCCUUGUAGGCUGAAUAAGGGUGUGUGUUUUGCAGGCAGGAAGGGAAGAGAAGCAUGAGGGACAGUGUGUGCCGAUGCCUGCAAUGACUCCUGCCAGUGGCAGACGCACCCUUCACCGGUUUGUUCUUUCAAUGAAACCCAGACCUAAGCAAACAUUUGGCUUCUGGCUUUUUUUGUUUGCCUUUUCUGAAAUCAAACGCACUAACCAAGUCAUGAGCAAACAGGUCAUUCUGGUUCCAACUUGUAAAUGUCUUUGACCGCUGACCUUGCUCAGCUGUUGCUAGUGGACUUUCUGAGGGGAGCGUUGAACAUUUCGUCCUGUGUAAACUUGUGUGAUGCAGGAGACUUGAACAUUUCACCCUGCAUGAACUUGUGUGAUGCAGGAGACGACGUGGCUGUGCAUAAUGCCUUGGGGAAGACCAGGGGGAAAGAAAGCUAUUAAAGGAGGUGGUUGGCUCAUUUAGUGGCAUGUGUCCCAGCCUAGGUAAUUCCUAUCAUCUGGCUGUCAAGAGUAAUCAAAGGAGAUGUUCACGAUAUGGUUUACCAGGCUCUGCUUUGAAGGCUGUGACUGCCUUUCAGCCAACUCAGAGAU